AUGGCUGCGGGACGAGCCCUGGGGCUGGGUCCUGUGCUCCUGUUCUGUCUCUGGGGGCUCGCAGCUCCAGCCUCCCUUCUCCGGCGCCUGGGACAGCACAUUCAGCGGUAUCAAGAGCGUGCUGGCCUGGGCCUGGGCCUGAGCCCAGGCGCUGCUGUCCUCCCCAAAGUUGGGUGGCUGGAGCAGCCCCUGGACCCCUUCAACACCUCCGACAGAAGGUCCUUCCUGCAGCGGUACUGGGUGAAUGACCAACACUGGGCCGGCCAGGAUGGACCUGUGUUCCUGCAUCUGGGAGGCGAAGGCAGCCUCGGGCCGGGCUCGGUGAUGACAGGGCACCCCGCAGCCUUGGCCCCGGCCUGGGGCGCCUUGGUGAUAGGCUUGGAACACAGAUUCUACGGCCUGAGUCUUCCUGCAGGGGGCCUGGACCUGGCCCAGCUCCGGUUCUUGUCCAGUCGCCACGCGCUGACCGAUGCGGCCUCCGCCCGCCUGGCGCUGUCCCGCCUCCUCAACGUCUCCUCCUCCAGUCCCUGGGUUUGCUUCGGAGGCUCCUAUGCCGGCUCCUUGGCCGCCUGGGCCAGGCUGAAGUUCCCACACCUCUUCUUGGCCUCCGUCGCCUCCUCGGCCCCGGUGCGCGCCACGGUGGAUUUCUCCGAAUACAACGACGUGGUUUCCAGCAGCCUCACCAACGCGGCGGUCGGAGGGUCGCCGGAGUGCCGCGCGGCGGUGGCCGCGGCCUUCGCGGACGUGGAGCGGCGGCUGCGCGCGGGCGGGAGGGCGCGGAUCGCGCUGCGGACGGAGCUGGGCGCGUGCGGACGCCUGGGCAGCGCCGCGGACCGCGCGGAACUGCUCGGGGCGCUGCAGGCCGUGGUGGGCGGCGCGGUGCAGUACGACGGUCAGGCGGGGGCGCCGCUGGGCGUGCGGACGCUGUGCGGACUCCUGCUGGCCCGGGACCGCCGCGGAGUGCCCGCACCCUACAGCGGGCUGCGCCGCGCGGUGCAGAUUGUCAAGCACAGCCUGGGCCAGAGGUGUUUAAGCUUUUCCAGAGCAGCCACAGUAGCACAGCUGAGGGCCACAGAACCACAGGUGUCUGGCGUGGGAGACCGGCAGUGGUUGUACCAGACGUGUACCGAGUUCGGCUUCUAUGUCUCCUGUGAGGACUUGAGGUGUCCCUUCUCCCUGCUCCCAGCGUUGCCUUCCCAUCUGGAUCUGUGCGAGCAGGUGUUUGGACUCACAGCCUCAUCCGUAGCCCAGGCCGUGGCCCAGACCAACUCCUAUUAUGGUGGCCAGUCCCCCAGGGCCACCCACGUGCUGUUUGUCAAUGGGGACAUCGACCCCUGGCAUGUGCUGAGUGUAACCCAGGCCUUGGGCCCCUCGGCACCAGCCCUUCUCAUCCCUGGUGCCUCCCACUGCUUGGACAUGGCACCCGAGAGGCCCUCAGACUCUCCCAGUCUCCGCCAAGGGCGCCAGAACAUCUCCCAGCAGCUGCAGGCCUGGCUUGGGCCAGCUAAGGAGAACCAGGGGUAGAAUCUGAGCCCCCUACUCUCUCCAUUCCUGGAAAGGCCAUCUCAAUCCUGGACACAUUCAUUUGCUGGACAAAAGGGAACAGCUUGUUUUAAAGAGGGAAGUUCAGAAGAAUUGGGAUCCGGCACGUGUUUGGCAUGUACUUGGCUUGCCUCUGCAAACAUCCUCACUCCCAGUGAAAAGUGCUUUGUGACCCAGAGUUAUGCAAAUA